CACUUCUAUUCAGCGAAAAAAGCACAAUAAAAUAUAAACUAUCUUUCUAUUCUAAAAUAUUUAAUUAUAUUUUAAAUAAAACAAAUCGAUUCAUUUAAUUUUUAUUGACUUACAUUAACAACAACAUGUGAUUCUAACUUAUAGUACAAAAAAACAAAUUCUCAAAUAAUUAAUUAACUCCAGAAUAAAUCUGGAAAAUUGUGAUGAACUUAGAUUUCUCGACAACCCGGCGCCUGCUUUUUAUUGUUUUUGUUUUAUUUAUUAUACUUUUCUUUAAAAAUAUAAUAUUUGCUUAACUAUUUUGAUUAAAUUAUAAAUAUAUACAUAAGUAUCAGUAAGUAAAGUGAAAGCACAAUGUCUAAUCGUGUUGUAUCUUAUUUCUACAAUGCCGAUGUUGGCAAUUUUCACUAUGGUCCUGGUCAUCCUAUGAAACCCCACCGACUGGCAGUCACGCAUAGUUUGGUCAUGAAUUAUGGUCUGCAUAAGAAAAUGAAAAUAUAUCGACCUUAUAAAGCUAGUGCUCAGGAUAUGUUACGGUUUCACAGUGAAGAGUAUAUAGAAUUCCUCCAGCAAGUUACACCUCAAAACAUACAAUGCAAUUCUGUGGGAUAUACAAAAUAUCUAUCGCACUUUAGUGUGGGCGAGGAUUGCCCUGUAUUUGAUGGACUGUUUGAUUUCUGUGCCAUGUACACGGGAGCAUCUCUGGAAGGUGCACAAAAACUAAAUCACAAUCACAGCGAUAUAUGCAUUAAUUGGUCUGGGGGCCUUCAUCAUGCCAAGAAGUUUGAAGCUUCUGGUUUUUGCUACGUAAAUGACAUUGUGAUAGGUAUUUUGGAGCUUUUAAAGUAUCAUCCUCGCGUUUUGUACAUUGAUAUAGACGUCCACCAUGGUGAUGGCGUUCAAGAAGCUUUCUAUCUAACAGAUCGUGUGAUGACGGUUUCAUUCCAUAAAUACGGCAACUACUUUUUUCCCGGAACCGGAGACAUGUACGAAAUCGGAGCCGAAUCUGGUCGGUAUUACUGUGUUAAUGUUCCUCUGAAGGAAGGUAUCGAUGAUCAAAGUUAUUCGCAAGUGUUCAAACCAAUUAUCUCAUCGGUUAUGGAAUUCUAUCGACCGACAGCAAUUGUAUUGCAAUGUGGUGCUGAUUCCUUAGCCGGUGAUCGUUUGGGAUGUUUCUCGCUAAGUACACAUGGCCAUGGUGAAUGUGUUAAGUUUGUUAAGGAAUUGAAUGUUCCUACAUUGGUUGUUGGUGGCGGUGGCUAUACUCUGCGCAACGUUGCCCGUGCAUGGACCCAUGAAACUUCUCUACUCGUAGAUGAGAAUAUCUCCAAUGAACUUCCAAUGACUGAAUACUUGGAAUUUUUCGCACCAGAUUUUACACUACAUCCUGACAUAACAACAAGACAAGACAAUGCCAAUUCGAAGCAAUAUCUUGAGCUGAUUGUGAAACACGUUUAUGAAAAUCUAAAAAUGUGUCAGCAUUCGCCAAGUGUACAAAUGGUUACCAUACCACCUGAUGCUCUAGAUAUAGACGAGUCUCGAGCGAAAGAUGAAGCUGAUCCUGAAGUGAGAAUAAGUCAAGCGGAAGAAGACAAAAUGGUUGAAGCUAAAAAUGAAUUUUUCGAUGGAGAACAAGAUAAUGACAAAGCAGAAACUGAGAGUUGAGAAUCUAUCGAACUUAACUUUUUGUUUAUCUUUCUUUUUAAAUGCUGCAACUUAAAGACUUAAAGUUGCAAUAAGCUUAAGAUACAUAGUUUUAAAUUCAGGUAGUAGAGUAUUAAAUAGAAUUACAAACGUAUGCUUAAAAAAAGCCGAAACGAGUUUUGCUUUGAAAAUAAAAAUAAGUUAAAAAGUA